AAUCAGGUGACUCAAAACUUUUCCGAGCACCACCAAACUCCCAGUUAAGACUCCUAAAUAGCUUUAAGGAUGGUCUCCUAACUUUAGUCGGGCUACGACGUAAAAUUACUUGCUUAUGGUCAUCUUUUCUUUUAAAUAAUAUGAUAUAUUUUUUAAGGCUUUAACUUAAAAUUUUCAACGGCCAGUUUUGGGCGAGGACCAUUUUAUCCCGUUACAUGAUUUCGGCGGCUUCCAGGUAGACUUGAUCCAGAAUGGGGGACUGGAGUGUUCUGGGGAAACUCCUGGACAAGGUGCAGGCGUACUCCACGGCGGGGGGCAAAGUCUGGCUCUCCGUCCUCUUCAUCUUCCGGAUCCUGGUGCUCGGCACGGCCGUUGAGUCGGCCUGGGGCGACGAACAGUCGGCCUUCACCUGCAACACCCUGCAGCCGGGCUGCCAGAACGUGUGCUACGACAAGUCCUUCCCCAUCUCUCACAUGCGCUUCUGGGUGAUGCAGAUCAUCUUCGUGUCCACGCCCACGCUGCUGUACCUCUGCCACGUGUUCUACCUGAUGCACAAGGAGGAGAAGCUGAGCCUGAAGGAGGCCCGUCUGAGGCUGCUGCAGGCCCAGGGCAGGGAGGUGGACGCCGCUCUCAGGAAGAUCCAGAGGAAGAAGGUGAAGCACGGUCUGGAGGAGCACGGGAAGUUCAAGAUCAAGGGAGCCCUCCUCCAGACCUACGUGAUCAGCAUCGUGUUCAAGUCCGGAUUCGAGGUCCUCUUCCUGGUCGUCCAGUGGUACAUCUACGGCUUCAGCCUGGCCACCGUGUACGAGUGCGAGCGCUUCCCCUGCCCGCACAAGAUCGACUGCUUCCUCUCCCGCCCCACAGAGAAGACGGUCUUCAUCGUGUUCAUGCUGGUGGUGUCCUUGAUCUCUCUGGCCCUCAACGUCAUCGAGCUGUUUUACAUCUUUUUCAAACGGAUUAAAGACAGGAUGAAGUGUCCGGAUGAUGACUUCCAACUGAAGAGUGACCUGAGGCCAAGUACCCAGGACAUGUCCUACAUCUACUGCAAUGGCUGCCCGCCUUCAGCGCCCAUGUCCAACCUGGGCUACAACUUGGACACGGCUGAGAAGACCAACUCUUGCAACAACUACCACAAGCAGGCCAGCGAGCAAAACUGGACUAACUAUAGCACGGAACAAAACCAAUUGGGGCACAAAGGCCAGAGUAACUGCCAGGGACAGAGUUUUGAUCUGCCGGACAAGGCUAGCGUGGGGAAAGAGCUGCACCUCCUGAAACAGAGCGAGGCCAGGCCUAGCAGCCGGGCCAGCAGCCGCGCCCGGCCGGAUGACCUGGACAUCUGACCGGACGCCGGCCUCGACGGGUUAGGAGGGUCGAGGUCAGCUGGAAUCUGUUGGCUAAUGAAGAACGGGACUUUCCGUUUGACUGUUAAUGAAAUGAGUGGAGCUGUAGAGCAUGUGUUCAGGAGGUGCUCUUCUGGAGGUACAUUCCAGAGAAGACUGCCCCUCUCGUGGGUGCGUUUCAACCACAGGUUUUCAAUAACAAUGGGGUUGUCAUUAAGACCAAAGGAAAUACUUGAUGUUGCCAAAACUUCCACUAUGUCUUUCUGUUUAUAUACAUACCAACGAUCAGUAUUUCUGUUAUUGUACUAAAUGUUGUUCUUGUUUAAUGAAUAGGUAAAUAUUUAUUAGUGUCAUGUUGAUAAUGUCUGUCAAAAGGAUAAAGAUGUGUAUCUUUAGUGAGCGAUAUGUUUAUGAUAUCCUGAUAGACUUUGAAUGGAUCCUAAUCUAGCUCCAGAAUGUCUUUAAUCCAGCCAGGUUUACGCAGCAACUUCUUGUGUCCCAACUGAACGACUGAACGUGUUCUCCUGCAGCACAAAGCAUGAGGCAAACACUACAGAUCUUGUGAGACAAACAUACACAGCUCAGUAGGGAAGGUGUGUGUAGUUCCUCCUCUCUCUAGACUCACUAUUUCCCUCCCAGCUCUCUGUAAGAGCAGAGGAGCAGGCUCCUUCAACACCUCCUCUCUCCUGCUUCUCUGUGUGUUUCCUUAAUCUUCAGGCCAGAGACACAGACUGUGACUGCAUUUGUGUGCAACAUCAACAGCCGAUUGACUUCCCUUUGAUGAUAAAUGAAUGUUUCAAGCAGUUUAAAAAGGCUGAAAGUUAAAUGAAGUGAAAUGAUCCAGUGAUUUUUCUGCCCUCCAACUUUUCUAUUUAUUCACAAAGCUAAACAAAAACAUAUGUCUGGGCAAGGCUCAGCUCACCACAUCUGGCAGGGUGGAGGAAGAGAGAUGGUCUGGAAUGGAGAAGUCAGAAUGUUUCUGAAACAUGCUCUGUAACACCAACAGUCACAUUGAAUCUGAUACCAUUUUUACGUAACGUAUAAAUCUUAUGUAUGAAAGACUGUAAAGGUUUUCCAUUAAACAUAUAACUCAUACAACUUAAAGCUCAAAAGAACCGAAUGUUUGCAAUCACUUAAGUACAGGAUCAUUACAAAACAUAGUAGAGUGAGUUAGCAUUGUUCUGAUCUAUGACAGGGAACAGAAUUGUGUAUAAACAAAGGGCUCUUUCCAGUCUGUGAAUGUUACGUUUUAUACCAAGUAAGUG